AUGCAUUCAAAUUCGCAAAGUUCACAAAAUCCACCACUUGAUGAUUUAGGAUCUAUAAGUUCCUAUUAUAAACCAGUAUCAACUAAAAAUCGUCAAUAUUACACAGAAAUGCAUUCAAAUUCACAAACUCCUUAUAAUAAAAUGUCACUAUCUGAUGAUAAACUAGGAUCUACAUCAAUUAAGGGAUUUGCAUAUGCACAUGUGUCCAAUCCCUCAGAGAUUAUAGCAAAUGAUUAUUGGCAAGAAUUUACAGGGCCAUUAAAAACUGACACAGUAUUGAGAUAUGAUCAAAAUCUUAAAAAUGUAGAGGCAUGGGGAUUACCAGCAUUAGUACAAAAACCAAAUAUGCGAAAAACAUUUAAAGGAGGCUUUUCACCUAUCCAAUUUUUCAAACUUCAUUUGAGUAAAAAAUUUGAUAAACCGAAUUUACCUGAAGGAUUAUAUUAUAAAAAAGCUAUAACAGACUAUUUAGCAGAAAUGCUCAUGACUGUUCCAGCAGAAUAUACUGAACACGCAAAGGAUAUAAUGAAAGAAUCAAUCUAUAGAGCAGGUUUAAUAUCAACCCGAGAUUCAGAUAAGUUGAAAUUUAUUGAAGAAUCCAUGGCAGCGGCUAUGUAUUGUAAAAGAAUGUUACAAAAACAACAAGGUACAAUCGUUAUAUUGGACUGUGGCUGUUAUAAAGUGGAUUUUAAAACAUUUGAGUUGAAAAAUAAUGAAUUAAAUGAAAAUGUUAAUAAAUCCUUGAAAACUACUGAAUUUGCGGGUGGUGCAUGCGUUGACAAAGAAUUUUUAAAAUUUUUGGAGAAAAAAGUCGGUGAAUUUGCCGUAAGUUCAUUAGUUAAAGAAUACAAUGAUCAAUUUCAAUAUAUGUUAAGUGAAUUUCAGCGUCAGAUAAAGUUACCCUUUACUGGAAUUAAAAAAGAUUUUAAAAUUAUUAAAUUUGACAUUAAAAAAGUAUGUCCAAUGUUGAAACAAUAUGUAAUAGGAACUUUAAGAUCAAAAUUAGAAAGAGAUAACUGGAUAAUCGAUAUAGGAUUCGAUGAAGUUAAAUUAAUGUUUGAUUUUGUAGUAGACAAGGUUAUUAACCUGAUUAGUUUGCAACUCACUUUGGGAAUUACUUACACAGCAAUGUUUUUGGUUGGAGGAUUUAUUGGUGGUAGAAUUAAUUUGGUAAUUUCCGUAAUUUUUUUGAGCCUUAAUGCCGUAAUGCCGUAA